AUGAGUAUUAAAAGAAUAGAAGCAGAUGUGGAUGAUCGAGCCCGGGACAGUGCUUGCUAUUUCUGUAAUGAAAUGUUCGAGAUGGGAAAGUUACAGAAUCAUUUGAAACAAUGCGGUAGUAUAUUAGAGCAAUGUCCGCUACGCUGUGGAGCGUGGAUACAGAGGAAACACAAGGACACACACGUCAAGGACUGCCCGCAAAUGACUCGUGAAGCUGUCUCUCCCAGUCACGUCCGUGCCUCCGACCCAGUUCCUCCUCAGCCCAACCUUCAUACGUGGACUCCACAUUCGAUACCUUUGGAGGACUGUGUCACUUACCUUGAGAAGGAAAUUACUUCUAUCAAGUUGAUUCUCACUGAGGAGACCAGUCAUCGCGAUGUCCAGUCCACUGAGAUAGACAACCUGAGAUCCAAGCUGGUGUUGGUGGAGGAACGAACACAACACUUCCUCUCAUCAUUGGUUUCCUUAAGAGCCGCUGUUGAUGAUGAGGCUGAGAGAUCAGCCAACUGGGCGGCACAGUUCAAACACGACCUCGCUAAUGUCCAGCUUGCUUUACAGGAGUUACAAAGCCAGCAGAUGAAUACCGCAAUGCGUUUAGAGAGUGUCGUCACCAGUCUCGUACACGAGCAACGAGAGAGAGAAUUGCUUGAACAGGCGAUGACAGAUCAUGAUAAUAAGAUAAGAAGCAUCAAAGCAUUAGAGGAAGCGGUAAACUAUCUAAAGCAGACAAUAGAAGAUGAGAGGCAACGCAACGAGGAAAAUCAAAUUGGAUUAAUGGGUGACAUGGUUGGGGGUCGUUUGGCAAUAGAUCGUAUAGCGGUUCUGGAAGUAGCUACUGCAGAUGCUAGGGCAGAAGCGGCAGAACAAAUAGCUAAGAUGGACUUGGUCUCUAGAGAUCUCAGGGCUUUAACAAAAUCCUACCACAAGUUGAGGAAUGAGCUCAUAGAUUUCCAGUCAAGAGUCAGUUUGGACAAUCCGGAGCUCGGCGGAGACAAUGGUCAUCUUAUCUGGCGAAUAGACAACUUCCAUGACCGAAUGAAAGAAGCCAAGGAAAAAGACGCCGUAUUGACAAGUCCUCUCUUCCGUACCAGCAAAUAUGGUUACACAUUAAAGGCUGAAUUAAAUUUGAACGGUAUCGGCAAAUGGAAAGGGCGCCAUUUGACGUGCACGCUACGUCUUGUGGCCGGCCCUUACGACCAACUUUUGGACUGGCCCUGCGAUCUCACUAUCAACAUCAUUUUGAGGGAUCAGCCCGCGAAUAAAAGUCAGGCAACGGAUAUAGUAAAAACUCUGGAUUUGCGUCGAAAAUCGUCAUCAAAGCGUCACGAUUAUGACAUUUCUGGUGACGACAAAACAAGAUCAACAGAAUCCCUCGACCUUAACGUGAUACAGAUGAAGAAACAAUACAUCUUCAUACCUCACACCAGUCUCGAUAAAUUUGAAUACAUCAAAAACGAUGUAAUGUUCUUGGAAUUUAUAGUCAACCAAUAG